AAAGAUCGAUUAACGUCCCCAAUACUAAUUUAAGGCAAAACCUUUUUUUUAACCAACGAAAAUUAAUUUUUGCCUGUUUUUCUUUAGGUCACCUUCUUUCUUUAUGCAUUGAUUUUUAUUUUUAUAAUAAUGUCAAUGUCAAAUCAACAGAAUAAUAAUCCUUUGUAAUAUUUCUAAAGCCAAAGCUAACCUCAAAAAUUUAUUUUAACCUGUAAUUUUAUGUCAUCUAUGACUUUAGUUUUGCUUUAUCAUUCAGGCAAAGUAUUUAGUUAAAUAGCGAUUGACCAGAAAUAAUUAGACACACGAUGAAGAUUACUCUUAAAAAUUUACAACAGCAAAGUUUUGUUGUUGAAAUAGAUCCGAACCAAUCGGUAAAACAACUGAAGCAAAAAAUUGAAAGUGAGAAAGGAGGAGAUUACCCAUUAGAGAAUCAAAGACUUAUAUACGCUGGAAAAAUUCUUACAGACGAUACCCCGUUAUCAGAAUAUAAUAUUGAUGAGAAAAAGUUCAUAGUGGUUAUGGUCACCAAACCCAAGCUUCAAGAGAAAGUUGAUGUAGGUGAUAUAGAAACACCUUCAAAUGCAAGUAACGCAAAAACCACAACAACAAUUCCUAACCCCGCUGUUCCCCCAAAUGCUGCACCAGCCAUAGUCGUCCCUCCCGCACCUGCCCCUGCAGUAGCACCAGCAGCUUUAACCAACAUUAACUUAAGUAGUUCUGCAGAAUCUACUUUACUUAUGGGAGAAGAUUAUGAGAAUAUGGUCAGAAAUAUCAUGGACAUGGGAUAUGCAAGGGAUCAGGUUGAGCAAGCACUAAGAGCGAGCUUCAAUAAUCCAGAUCGAGCAGUGGAAUAUUUAAUCACCGGAAUACCCCAAAUAGAUGAAUCAGAGGUUAAUGAGUCCACCGAUAUGUCAGGUGUGGACCAAACACAAUCAGAUGCCGGCGACCCAUUAGCAUUUCUGAGAACUCAGCCCCAGUUUCAACAAAUGAGACAUGUUAUUCAGCAAAAUCCUCAGCUGUUGAAUGCAGUGCUUCAGCAGAUCGGUCAGACAAAUCCAGCUUUAUUACAACUGAUUUCAGAGAAUCAAGAAUCAUUUGUACGAAUGUUAAACGAGCCAGCCCCUGGAACGACGCCUGUGUUAACACCACCAACUAGUUCACCCCUUCCUGUCCCUGGGGCAGUACCUCAAAAUGUUCCAGCCACUGGAGGUAUACCUGCCGGAGGUAUACCUAUUCAGGUAACGCCACAAGAUAAAGAUGCAAUUGAAAGAUUAAAGGCUUUAGGAUUCCCUGAACAUUUAGUUGUUCAAGCAUAUUUUGCGUGUGAAAAAAAUGAAAAUUUGGCAGCGAAUUUUCUUCUGUCACAGACAUUCGAUGAUUAGAAUAGGAAGUGUAUCUUUAAAAAGUGUUAAACUGUAAUUUAGGUUAUUUUUUAAUUUAAUUUUAAAGUUUAAUCUUUUAAUUUUUCAGUUAUGAAUGGAAUUGUAUAGUAAAAAAGUAAAAUAACAACUCUGUCAAUAUUCUCACUCAUAUUAUUCAAUAAACCAAAUAUAUAGCCUUUCUGCUACA